GUAAUUAAGCAUUUCAUGACGGGGAGUCUGACGCCUACAGUACAGUUUCUCUCCAGUCUCUCCGAUAGGGAGCGAGUGAACUCUUCGAUCGCCGAUGGCGACACUGCGAAACAAAGCUCCAACACUCAUCAUCCCGAGCUCUCCCGAUCGUCGUCGCCCAGUCGCCUGAAGACGAUGAUGGACGAAGAAGGCGAAGGGUUCGAAGAAUGGGACGCCGAUUUCCUCGACCAGGUCAUCCAAGUCGAAGAGCGUGCUCUCUCCACCACUCCUUCCCAAAUCCAUCCUCAAACUCCCUCUUCUCUGCAACCUCCGACCUCCUAUUUGCCUCCUCCUCCUCAACCCCCGCCGCAGCCGCGUCGGUUCGCCGCGGCGGCGGCCUCCUCCUCUCUCCCGUACGCCGCUUCCGUCAGCUACUCGCCUCCCAAGGAGCUCUCUCAGAGGCCGCCGAAUGGAGCCGGCAGGACGGCGUCCGCAUUGCCUUCCUCAUCGUUGCCGGUUUCGCGCUCCGGAAGUUUUAAGGAGCUCGACAUUGAGAGUCUAAAGAGAGAGCUCGGCUAUAUUCCGAAGGAGAUCCCGUACCGAGAGCCGGAACAGGCUAAAUUUAGGAAGGAAAGAGGAAAAACAGAGGAGCAACUUAAAUUUGUAUCUUUUCGUGAUGGAGGGAGACUUGCUGAUGAUCACAGUUCAAAGAGAAUUAGCUUGGAUAAGGGAGUGCCUACUUCAGCCAAUGUCGUGGUGGAAGUUGAAAAUGCAAAACCGUUGAAUAAUCAGGCUUGGUCUCAGACUAAGAUAGAAUCAACCUCUAGAACUGUUGGAGUUCAAACAGAUGAAGCUGGUGAAACUACUGGCGUUCAGUUCAAUAAUGAUCUAUACGCUCGUCGGGGCCUCUCUAGGAAGUUGCUAUCUGUGUGGAGUCCAUCACUUGACCAAAAUGCUGGAAGAAGUCUUCUUCCAAAGUUGUAUGUUGCUUGUCAUUCCCUUUUCAGAUGCAUGGGCAUAGAUGUAUCCUCCAAAAUCAAAAUGGACUCUUUGGCAGAUGGGAGCUCUACUGAUUUUUCUUGGUUGUGCCAUCCGCAUCCUCUCACUGCUUCAGAAGCUGCUAAAAUGUCUAAAUUUCAUUCUGUUUUCACAAAGGUUAGCAAUGGAGUGUCCCAGUUAGAAGCCUUGAUCCAACCCCUGUUUGAUCUUUGCCGUUUAGACAACGUCAAUAUUGUACAUAGGUCCCUCAGUAUACUGCACCUGAUUCUGAAGCAUCUAUGUAGCGAGGAAAGGAAAUGUGGGGAAAGGGAAAAUAUCAUAGUAGAGGGGCUAACAUCCAAGAAGAGUUUUUCUUGCAUACGAGAAUUUGGAAGUGGAAUCAGUGGACACCCUCUUUCCGUGAAUUGGGACGAGAGAUCUUACACUGUCUAUGGUUCACAGGGCUUAAGCUCUUCUGAUCCAGAAAUACAGUUGAUGAAGAGCCAUAGUGUGCUGUUGUUCUCCUUUCAAGACUGGGUUUCUGUCUUUGAACUUAUGCGUCAACUUGUCCAGAAGAACACUGAAGAAUGUAUAAGGGUAGAGGCUGUCUCCAUCAUGAAUUUGAUUCUGCUAAGGGGCAGUGCUUAUGAGGACAGGGAAAAGUUUGGAUGUCCACUGGUUCUUGAAAGCAUUUCGACACUCCUAAAGAAGGAAUCUGGAUUAUGUGUUCAAGAGCAAGCAUUACAUCUGCUGUUCCUUCUAUUCAAUAGCCCAAAAAUCUUGGAGACGUUCUUCUGCGGUUUUAAAAAGAGGGAAUGUGCUUCCUCUGUGGAUGGCAACGAUGACAAAAACAUGACAAUUUUUCGAGGAUCUGAUGUUAUUCUUGAGGGCUUGGCAGAUUGUGUAUCUUCUAGGGAAAGUUGCAUACAAGGCUUGAAGCUUCAAAGAAGAGCAACAAUGCUUUUGGCAUUUUUAGCCUCAUCUGGAACGACUGGCUUUGAGAUCCUUAUGAAUCACAAGCUAUCCAAUGGGGCGAACUUCCUUAUGUUGAUUUUGCAAGCAUUGCUAUCAGAGAUGGAUGUGGAAGCAGGAGGCCCUACUGAGCCUGCAGAAAUCCUGAAAGAGAGGAGCUUACUGAUGCGGGAAGCUUUGAUAUUACUCAACCGACUUGUGUCCAACCCUGCGUAUUCUGCUGCUAGCUUACAAAUAUUGACAAACAGCAGAGAUAUGGCCAGCUUGACCAUUAAUGUUGCAAACCGUAUGGCCCAAAGAAAUAUUAGGAUUAUUCAGCUAGACAGCAUGCAUAGGCAGACGAGGGAAUCUGAGGUUGUUGAAUUGGGAAGAGCAUUUAAACGAAGAGUUUAUGCUUAUUUAGGCGAUCAUGUAUCAUAAAAGCCCUCGUAUAACCGAGUGUUAUUUUAAAAUUUUGAUGGCAUCAGCAUUUAUUGAAGCCAGCUGAAAAACUAAGCAAGCAGGGGCCCCUGCUUACCCUUUGCAGAUGAUGGAUGUUAAAUGGGGAGUUUUGGCACACUUAACUGGUGCAUAA